AGCAGCAGCGUCCAGAGUGUAGUGCCUCUCCGGGGCGGCAGGUGGCGGUAACCACCUCGGUCCGCUGGUACCGAGCCAAACGAGAGGGGAGCAGCAGAGUGGCGGUUCGCAGGGUGAGGACUGUCUCAGCUCCAGAAGUCUCCUGUCACUGUAGUGACUGUUACCGUGGAGGACUGAGCUCACGUUGCCAUGGCGAACAAGACUGAGGUCCACUUGUCAGACCAUACCUCCUCUCUGGAGGAAGAGGUAACAAAGCCCGCUGGCCGCAGACCCCGCCGCCGAGCCACUGCAACCAUAGGGAGGCGGGGUCAGAGAGGAAAGAGGCGGGGUCCUGCAGACAAGAGGCGGGGUCCUGGUGAGAAGAGGCGCGGUCAGAAGGAGAAGAGGAGGGCUCCGGAGGAGAAGAAGGAGGGUGUAACAGUGAAGAGGAUGUGGAGCGGUGGGAAGCGGCGGUGGGAUAAGAAACACUACUGUGUGUUCUGUCGCCGUCCGCAGGUGAAGAUCGCUCGGCAUCUGCUGAGGAAACACGCCGACCAACAGGAAGUGAUGGCUGCCAGCACACUUCCAACGGGCUCCAAACAACGGCACCUGCUGCUCGAGCACCUGCGCUGCAGGGGCAACUACCUACACAACAUCGAGGUGAUCAGGCAGGGCAGUGGUGAGAUCGUCCCGUGUCGUCAGCCCUCAGAAGAAGUCGAUGUUAGGAACUACCUGCCUUGCCCACUCUGCCUCGGCUUCUUCCUUCGCUCGGACCUCUGGAAACAUCAGGCGUCCUGUCGUAAGAAGCUGGCCUCUGACCCGUCCACAGACUCUGCGUCCACAGCAGAGACGACCUCUGAGCCCAUGAAGGACUCAACCUCUGUCUCUGCAGGAAAGUCGGUCCGUGACCGAGCAAACAACAGGACAUCCAAGUCCAUGGAGGACACACUGGCUGACCCCUCAGAGGACACAGUCACAACAGGCCAGACUGGGACCUCUGAGACCAGGUCCAAACGGCCCAUGACCUCUGACCCCAGUGGGGAUCAGAAUGUGACCUCUGACCCCGGAGCGGACCGGCCAAGGAAGCGCUGCAGGGUCCAGGCUGCGGCGUCCCGCCUCCUGCCAAUUUCCAGUGGAGCAUCUGAGAGCUGCAGCGAAGUCCUACACCGCAUGAACCAGGACCACAUCUCACAUCAGGUCAAAUCUGAUUGGCUGAUCUGUAAAUAUGGAAACAAGUUGAUGGGGAACCAAGAUGGCAGCCAGAAGAGGUACGAUUACAUCAGCCAGAAACUGAGGGAGCUUGGAAGGUUCCUCCUGGCUGCUAAAUCUCUGGACUCUGAUGUUCAGACCCUGCAGGACGUUCUGGCUCCGGGCCGCCUCAGCCUGGCGCUGGCUGCUGCCAGAAAGGCGUCAGGGUACCGGUGGAGCCGCCCUCCACUGGCCGUGAAGACGACACUGAAGACGGUUUGUGAGAUUGCCAUCGGAGAGAGUCUGCAGGAUGGAGACUGGGAGGCUGCAGCCAAAACCACAGACUUCUACCACAUGCUGGGACGAGAGUGGGACAACCUGGGGCUGGUGAACCCUGACCCUGACACAGUCGACCCAGAAGGAGAAGCCAAGCUGAAGAAACGACCGGUCCAGUCAAGGAACGAGAAGAAGCAUGUCGAGCCAGGUCCAGAACCUGACCCAAGACCACAGGUUCCGUCAAAGACCAGUAACAGACCCGUCACCUCCUUGAUUCCACCAGAGUCCAGACUGCCGACUCCUAUCACAGUCCCCGUGGCUCCCAGGAAGGUCCGGCGUCGCCCGUGGUCGUCUGCAGAGAAGGAGGCGGUCUGGAGACAGUUGGGAGUCCAUGUGCUUGUCCAAUCAGUACCGGGGAAGGAGGUGUGUCAGCGCUGCCUGGACCUGGAGCCUGUCCUCAGAGGGCGACACUGGAAAGACAUCAAGAAUCAGGUCCACAACCAAAUCCAGAGCCAAAAGAAGCAGCAAUUCCAUGCCCAGAUGGACGUUCAAGAGAACCAUGAACACCAGAACCAGGAACAUGUAGACCAAAGCCAGAGGAAGCAGCUGCAGCAAUACCAGGCCCAAAUGGACCAACAGGGCAAGGACCACACGCAGAACCAGAAGAAACAUCAGUAUCAUGCCCAGAUGGAUCAUCAUGACCAGGACAACAUCCAGAACCAGAAGAAACAGCAGUACCAUACCCAGUUGGACCAUCAGGACCACAUUCAAAUUCACAAAAAGCAAUUGUGUCAUGCUAGACUAGACCACCAGGACCAUAUUCAGGUCCACAAGAAGCAUCUGUACCAAAUGGACCAGCAGACCCAGGGACUGCAGACUGCACUGGAUCAGGACACGUCUUUACUGACGGGUACACCUUAUGAACCUGAUGGGCCUCAUCGACCCCCGGGACACUCACUUGUGGAGCGGGACCCCAUUAUCAGUCCAUAUCCACUUCCCCAUAGGGCCCCGGGGCCUCACAUGGACCAGUUGCUGUCCAGAACAGAGUGGACUGACGAGUCUCUGGCUCAGAACUACCCGGUCAGCAGGCAGCUGGCCAGGAACCUGCUCCAGGAUGCGCCUUCAGGAGGACCACCUCCCAAUCCACACACUGGACAUGUCCACUUCUGAUGGACCGCAAGCGCCCCGAGUACUAAUGACUCCAUUAGAUAAGGAAACAGAGACAGACCUGUCCCUGAACCUCCAUCACAGGAGCCCCACAACCCCUAACUGUGGGUGUAGUGUUAAUUUCACUUGUAAGUAGAAAUGUCCUGAUCUGAGUUCUGUAGUACUGCGUUUCUAAUGAGUCCAGUCCGGUCCUGAGUGUGGCUCCUUUAAUGGAUCCCACUGUGUUAAAACUACAGAAACCCUCACCCCCUCUGCUCUGAUUGUAACGCGGUGUCACAGACUGUUGCUUCUUUUACCUCAUAAACAACAAAGUCAUUGACCACUGGAGACAAUUGUCUCUUUAACCGGUCAGAGCUUACGUCAGGAGGGAGGAGGAAAGAUUCACAAAGUUCACAGUGUUUGGUUCAUGGUUUUGGGGCAUUGUCAGUUUCAACAGAAUCAAGUCUUAACAUUCAACUCUUAAUUAAAGAACAGGUUUUCUAAUCAGUGCAAACUAAUGCUAAGUCCACAUCGCUACAUUUUUAUUUUAAAACAGCGUUUUCAAACGAAAACAAUCUCUGUCCAGACGAACACACCUGAAAACACACACAUACCUGACCAUUCACAUACAUUUCAUUGUCUAGAUAGCUGCUAGCAAAGACAACAAGGUCAGUAACACAGUCAUUCAUUAUCAUGUUGUAUUCAUCACUGGUAGUCCAGGCUGAUGAGAGCCAAUCAGGAGAGACCGUGGGUGUGACAUCAUCGUUUACAAAAGUCUCAGUUUCUGUCCGUCCAGGCUACAACGCAAUCCCAAAGUUUUCAAAAUAAAACACAUCCCAAGAGUUUUCAAAAUAAAAUAGCAGCAUUUCCAGAAGCCUUUUUUCAGGGCUCAAAAACUCUGCAGUUGUGUGGACGGGAGGAAGAAAUGUGAGUUUUAAAACGAAACCGUAGUAGUUUGGAACCAAAGAAUAAAAACGCAGCACAAACCAAACACACAGCUGCAGAUCUUUGGCUAUAAACACCCACAAUGCUUCACUUCUUGACGUUGUCCAGUCUUAAUCUGCAUGAAGAGGCUGUUUAAUGCUGCAGACACACUGAGUGAUGUCUUCUUCAGUGGUCCAUCAUAUUAGGAGCAUCACUGUCAGCACUGUGCCUCUCACAGGUGACUAAAUCUGGACUGCUCUGGUACAGCAGGCCGACACCAUGCUGACAGACUCUGUUUUUUCUGCACGUCUCACUAUUUUCAAAUGAUCAAAAUGACUGAUACACGCCCCAAACCGAACGAGUGAGUCUUUUACUUGAACCUUUGCACCUCUAGUCAGUGGUGGACAAACGUGAGAAGCUGAUGCUGAAUGUUUUCUAUGUAGACCUCUCAUCAUCAUCAUCAUCAUCAUCAUCAGAGCAGAGAGCAGCAGGAACAGAUCAGGCCCCGCUGAGAGACCAGAGAGAAAUGCUGCUGAGGUGACUGGACGCAGUAGAACAUGUUAAAGAAAUGACGUGGUUAUGAUCGGCUUCAAUGUAGUUGAUACGUCUCAUUAAAAUACAGGAUCUGCUUGGGACCUUUCUACAUGUCAAAGAGAAUCUACCUUCCUCUUUUCCUCCUGUCCUCUGUCCCAGCUGAACCACUCUCUCCCCACAGAGAAAAUUAAAUCUUCUGUCCCUGUGUCUCCUGACAGUUUCAUCUUUUCAGUGAUGAAUACCUGGAAAGUUUCGUUUUAGAAGACACAGUGGAGAACAAGGCAGAACGUAGACCUUAAAGGUUCUGGAAGGUGUCUCCUUUUUGAGUAACAUUUUAUAUCUUUACAUGACAGAUUUGUCCUUUAAUGGUUCUGCAUCUCACCCAGACACCAUUCAGUGUUAUUGUUGUCAUGGUAAAGGCUGACAUCAACCUGCUGCUUUACCUCUGUGUUUUCUUCUGCCUGUCCCUGUCAAUGGGUCUGUGGACUCUGGACGGGUUCUACAGCCUCUGGUCAGGUGUGGUGGUUCGUAUCUUUCACCAGUAGGUGGCAGAGUUCUCAUGGAUCAGGUUACAACACACAGUUCAGUCCAGGAUAACUAAUGGUCUCUACAGGAGCAUAAAACCAUUUUACAGUA